AUGGCAGUGUCAGGACGUAAACUUCCAGAUUUUCAAUCUUCAGUGCAAAAAGGUUCAGCAGAGAAUUUUAACCACGAGUGUGAUACCUGUCUGAGUGAUGGUCAACAUAAAGAUGCCCAUGGUUAUUGUACAGAUUGCAAGGAAUAUCUUUGCAAAAACUGCUUUAAAUUUCACCAAAUAACCAAGGCUUUAAAGCACCAUCGACUGCUGGACAAAACUAACAUAGGUGAAUACAAAACUUCUUCAACAACUACUCAAGUAUGCACUGAAAAAUGUACAAGACAUGCUAAAGAGGUAAUCAAGUUCUUUUGUCUAAAACACAAGGUACUUGGUUGUCAUAACUGCAUGAUCAUGGAUCAUAGGACAUGUAAGAUUGACUAUAUACUCGAUAACUGUGCAGGAAUAGAUGACAGUGAAGAAUACAAGGGGACAAUGUGGCUGUUGAAUCAAAAGUUGAAAGAAAUAGAUUCCGUAAUAAAAAAGGCAACAGUCAGGGAUAAGGAGAUUGAUGUUUGCUAUGACAAACUCAUCCAAGAAAUUAUCAAAUUCCGAAAAGAAAUAAAUGAUCGGUUAGACCAACUGCAAAAACAAAUUGAGAAAGAGGCUGACAGAAAGAAAUCUGAUGAUAAACAAGUCAUCAAGAAAGCGCUUCAAACAUGUACAAAUGUUUCUGCUGAUAUGAACAAACUUCAGACAAAUUCAAGUUCUAGCAAUCAAUCGAAACUGAAUGGGCAACUUUACCUCAACAUGAAACAAGCUCAAUCCAAACUAAAGUCAGAUGAAAUACAGAAGGCUGAAGAAACAUUAGAAAAGACAAACAUGCAAUACACCUUUCAGCGUAACAAAAACUUAGUAGAUAUACUGUCCAAACCAAAUAUUCUUGGUAGCCUCAACCUAUCUAACAACCUAGUCCUGCCACAAAAAGAAGUUGACAAGCUUGUCAGAAAAGAAGAUAUAAAUGUAAGAACAAAGUCAGAUACUAAUCCAUGCUUUAUUACAGGAUGUGCUGUCUUGUCCUCUAACAAACUGGUGCUGGCUGAUACCUAUAACCACAAGGUUAAAGUUGUAGACAUACCAAGUAAAGUUGUGACAGAAGAGAAAGAACUUGACUUCAGACCAUGGGAUAUUGCUACAAUGUCUUCGGACCAGAUUGCUGUGACAAUUCCAAACAACAGUGAGGUUAUCAUAAUAAAAGCAGCCA